AUGUCACUCAUACCUCAGCCUCCGUAUCCGUUGCACGAGUCGGUCAAGGAUAAACUGCAUCCAGAAUACGUCAAGUUUUAUAAUGAACAUCUUCUCAAUGCGCCGCAAGUCCAUUAUCAACCGGUUUCAGCGUCUCGGGUGGGAGGCAAGAUCAUUGCCGGUGGUGGUGAUCCAUUACCCGUUGGCAAAACUCACGACCUCUCGCUGAAGAGGCAAGAGACCGAAGGCCCCGAUGUGAGGAUUAGAUGCUUCAUUCCCGAAGGAGAACCCCCGCCGGAUGGCUGGCCUGUGAUGAUAUAUUACCACGGAGGCGGCUGGGUGUUAGGGACGAUCGACACUGAGAAUACCGUCGGGACGAACAUGUGCGCUCGAGCCAAAUAUGUUGUGAUCAUGACCGAUUACCGCCUGGCACCGGAAAAUCCAUGGCCAGCAGCAGUCCGUGAUUCCUGGGAAACGGUGCUCUGGGUCUUUGGCUCAGGGAAAUCGUUCCUAUCUCUUAAUCUCUCCAAGGUUGCCAUUGGCGGAUCCUCUGCCGGAGGAAACCUGGCAGCCAUCAUGACGCACAAGGCCCUUUCAUAUCCCAACAUCGCAUUUUCACUGCAACUGUUGGCGGUCCCCGUCACAGAUAAUACGGCGACAGUGGCUUCAAACCCCACGUAUAAGAGCAGUGAAUUCGUCCCGGCUCUUCCUGCGGAGAAAAUGCUUUGGUUUCGACGACAUUAUCUUCCACUCGAGAAAGACUGGUCCAAUCCAGAAGCAUCACCCAUUUUCUAUCCUCCGGAAAAUUUUCCCCAGCUUCCUCCGGCGGUUGUUUUGGUCGGAGAGCUUGAUGUGUUGAGGCACGAAGGAGAAGAGUAUGCGCGGAAGCUUAGACGUGCUGGUGUUCCGGCGGAGGUGCACGUAAUGGAGGGAAUGCCUCAUCCAUUUUUGGCCAUGGACGGAGUGCUCGAGGCAGGCCGGACCGCCAUUACGAUUCUGUGCCAGAGUCUGGAAAAAGCUGUGACUGGGGCCCAGUAG